AUGCUUCACCUUCCCAAUCCAACCGCUUCCCGCCCUCCUUUACUGUCUCCUCCCUCCGCCGCCUCCGCCGUUUCUUCCUUCACAAUCUCCGCUUCCGUCCGUCAUUUUUUUAGCCCACUUCGACACUCACCGUUUCAUUCUCUGCAUUCCUCUUCGGCCACCGUAGCCUUUUCGAUUUCCGCUAGUGGUACGAGUACAUUGGCCGAGCAAUUGGAGAGCUCGCCGGAGGAAUCUCGGGAAGAUGAUGAUGAGGAUGACUCCGGGUUUGGUGCUAUCGAGGAGGCGGAAAGAUUCGAUUUUGAUGGCUCAUUUGAAUCGGCUGAAUUCAGGCGGUUCGACUCGCCAGCUGUCGAGGUCAAAGAACUGGAUGAGCUUCCGGAACAGUGGCGGAGGUCUAAACUGGCUUGGCUCUGUAAGGAGCUGCCGGCGCAUAAGCCCGCCACCGUAAUUCGGGUGCUCAAUGCCCAGAGGAAAUGGAUGAGGCAAGACGAUGCUAAUUAUGUCGUGAUUCAUUGUAUGCGUAUUCGCGAAAACGAGACCGCUUUCAGGGUUUAUAAAUGGAUGAUGGGGCAACACUGGUUCCGGUUCGAUUUUGGCCUUGCAACCAAGUUGGCAGACUACAUGGGUAAGCAGCAAAAGUACUUGAAGUGCAGGGAGAUUUUUGAUGAUAUACUUAACCAGGGACGAGUCCCUAAUGAAUCCACAUUUCAUAUUUUGGUUGGUUCCUAUCUUAGUUCUUCUAGCCAAGGUUGCAUUGAGGAAGCCUGUAACAUCUAUAACCGUAUGAUUCAGUUGGGAGGUUAUAGGCCUCGACUCAGUUUGCAUAAUGCUUUGUUGAGAGCCCUUGUCAGCAAACCAGGAGUGUCUUGCAAAAACUAUCUCAAACAGGCAGAGUUUAUAUUCCACAAUUUGACCACUUGUGGACUCGAAAUCCACAAAGAUAUUUAUGGCAGCCUCAUAUGGCUUCACAGCUAUCAGGAUGUAAUAGACAAGCAAAGGAUUGAGUCUUUACGCGCAGACAUGCAGUCGAAGGGGUAUGAGGAGGGCAGAGAAGUACUUGUGUCAGUCUUGCGAGCAUGCUCUAAGGAAGGUGAUCUGGAUGGAGCACAGAAGGCUUGGACAAAGCUUCUUUCCUUGGAUGGGAAACCUCCUCCGCAAGCUUUUGUGUACUUUAUGGAGGUUUAUGGGAAGGUUGGAGAGCCUUUGAAAUCCUUAACUCUUUUCAGGAAUAUGCAGGAGCUUUUGGGUUCUACCAGUGUCGUGGCAUAUCAGAAAAUCAUAGAGGUGACAUGUAAAGCACAAAAUAAGGAACUUGCAGAGUCUCUGAUGGCAGAACUCAUACAUAGUGGAUUGAAACCCCUCUCACCUUCUUUCAUGAGUUUGAUGGCUAUGUAUUCUAACUUAGGCUUGCAUGAUGAGUUAGAAGCAGCUUUCAUGGAGUGUCUUGAGAAAUGCCGGCCCAAUAGAACCAUUUAUAACAUUUACUUAGAGUCACUUGUACAAAUUGGUAAUCUCGAGAGAGCAGAAGAGAUCUUCAGCCAAAUGCAUGGUAAUGCUACAAUAGGUGUUAACGCUAGGUCAUGUAACUCCAUUUUGGCUGGCUAUCUAGCUGCUGAAGAUCAUGUGAAGACAGGAAAGGUCCACGCUCUGAUGUGCCAGAAGAGAUAUGAGAUAGAGUCUCAUCUGAAAGAAAUGCUCAAUAAUGUUCUCAGCAGGAGCAGGAAAGUUUCCAAAGCACCCCCUCGACUGAAGCUCAGCGAGGACCAGAGAGAAAUUUUGGUGGGAAUGCUCUUGGGUGGUUUAAAAAUUGUGUCAUCGGAAGAGAAGAAAGUGAGACAUGCAAUUCAGUUUGAUUUCAGUGAAACAUCAGAUAUUCACACUGUCUUACGUAAACAUAUACAUGAUGCAUUCCAUGAGUGGUUGGAGUGCCGAGAUAUAGUUGAUGGAAGCAACAAUGUUCCACCACAGUUUAGUACCAUCUUUAGCUCUUGUUUUAAUUUUUAUGCAGAGCAGUUCCGUUCUGAUGGUCGACCUGCAAUCCCAAAACUUAUUCACCGGUGGCUGUCCCCUCGAGUUCUUGCGUAUUGGUACAUGUACGGAGGACAUAGGACAUCUAGAGGGGACAUUUUGUUGAAGGUAAAAGGGAGUCAAGAAGGCAUUUUGAGUAUUCUGAAAGAAUUAAUAAUAAAGUCGUUGGAUAGCCGGGUGAAAAAGAAGGGAAGUGUGUUUUGGAUCGGUUUUGAAGGUUGCAAUGCAUCACGGUUUUGGAAUAUUGUUGAACCAUUUAUUCUUGAUGAUUUGUGUGAUCCUCUGCGAGCAGGUGCGGUAUCCUCCACCUCUAAUGAUUUGUCAGAAAACCAAAGUGGUAGCUUUGAGGGUGGCUUUCAUUAUGAUAAAAAUGCUUCUGAUUGCAGUGACAGUGAGAACUUUUAG